GUUGGAGAUGAUUGUCGGCAAGAUGUUCUUGCUUUACAAGUCAUUUCACUUUUGAAAGAUAUAUUUGAAGCUGUUGGGCUUAAUUUAUAUUUAUAUCCAUAUGGAGUUCUCCCAACUGGCCCAGAAAGAGGAAUAAUUGAGGUUGUACCCAACUCACGGAGCAGAAGUCAGAUGGGUGAGAUGACUGAUGGUGGUCUAUAUGAAAUUUUCCAACAAGACUUUGGGCCUGUUGGCUCUCCCGGUUUUGAAGCUGCUCGUGAGAACUUCAUCAUUAGCAGUGCAGGUUAUGCAGUUGCCAGCGUGUUGCUUCAACCUAAGGAUAGACACAAUGGGAACCUUCUGAUUGACAGUGCUGGUAGGCUUGUCCACAUUGAUUUUGGUUUUAUCCUGGAAAUUUCUCCCGGUAGAAAUAUGCGAUUUGAAAGUGCUCACUUCAAGCUUAGUCAUGAGAUGACCCAAUUAAUUGACCCAUCUGGAGCAAUGAAAAGUGAGACAUGGUACCAAUUUGUAAGCUUGUGUGCCAAGGGUUACCUUGCUGCACGUCGCUAUAUGGAUGGGAUAAUCAAUACAGUUUCGAUGAUGGUAGAUAGCGGAUUGCCUUGCUUUAGUAGGGGUGACCCCAUAGGAAAUCUUCGGAAGAGAUUUCAUCCCGAGAUGAGUGAACGUGAAGCAGCCAAUUACAUGAUUCGUGCAUGUAGUGAUGCGUACAACAAGUGGACAACUGCUGGGUAUGAUUUGAUUCAAUAUAUGCAGCAGGGUAUCGAAAAAUGAGGGGGAGUGCUUUAGCAUUUCACAGAAGUGUAUAUUCUGGUCACUUGUGAUUAUAUGGAAAAGGAAAUGUCUUCAUCACAUUGGUGUAAUUCUUUUUAAAGGGGUAGCCACGUGAAGAUGCAAAGUGAUUCUUUAGUAAAAUUGAAUGAAGAAAUGCAGUGAUGAGUUGCUUGUGAAAAUUUUGUAUUUACUGUUUAUACACUAAUAUGGCGUGUAAAAGCUAACUGUAUAUAAUUAGUUCAGCCUUGAGCAUGGGUUGGUAAUUGUGAAAAGUGGUGAUAACUACUACUUUAAUUAGUUAAAUUACAUAUGUGAAA